CCUGUUUCAAUAUUCUUUGCUAGAUGGAGGUCCAGUCACUUGUAGAUUUGGGUGUCAAACUCAGGCAGUGGUUAGAUUUGUUCGAAUGAAGCCUAGUGGGGACCGUCAUUCAUGGAGCGUUGACUAUGUAGCCCGGCGCGCCGAAAAUUGCUAUAAAAAGGACCUAAGAGAUUUGCCUGAAAACAUCAAGGACAAAGUAGUGCGCAUUAUGAGCCUCCGUGGAACACUUACCGACUCCAAUAUCAGCCAGGUGUUGCAUUCAGGAAUAAAAACACUUGACUUGCACAACUGCAGGCUUUCUGACGUGGCAUUGCAAAAAAUCUCCUGCUGGCAUUUAAAUCGAAUAUGCCUCUCCAACUCUACAGAAAUUACAUCAAGAGGCUUAGGAGCGCUUGCAUCCUCCUGUCCAAACCUGAAAUGGGUAGACCUGUCUGGCUGUGUGUCGGUGACAGAUUCAGGUGUCCAGAUCCUGGCACGCUGCUGCACAGGACUGGAAGUUAUCUGUCUUGUGGGCUGCACAGCUCUAAGUGACAAAGCCAUUCAAGAGCUAGGAGCUAACUGCCAUAUGCUCCACACAGUUUCUAUCUCAGACACCUUGUUUACAGAUGCGGGUGUCAUCAGCCUUGCAACAGGAUUGUGCUCCAACAGUUUGAAGGAAAUCCAUAUGUCAAGAUGUACAAAGCUGACAGACGAGGCAGUGAUUUUUGUUCUCACAAAUUGCACCAAGAUCAGAACAUUUGUCUUCCAUGGAUGUCCACUAAUUACAGAUCGGUCCAGAGAGGCCCUACAAACCCACACUGGUAGGGACAAGAUAAAACAUGUGACCUGGACAAUUUACUGAGGAAACAUCCAUGUGCUACAAUAUUGUUCAUCAGUUCCCCUUUCUGACUUCUGAGUUCAACUUCAAC